AUGGACGCUGUGCCUUCUGACCAAGAGCCAACUCCGAGCUCCCCAGUCCCAGACGAGACCUUAAAUCGUUCGUUUUUACAAACAUUCAGCAUUCUCUCGGCCCUAUGUGCAGGAGUAUUUGUCGCUGCACUUGAUGUCACUAUUAUUACCACGGCCUUACCGUCGAUCGCCGCCCAUUUUCACUCAAGUUCCGCCUACACAUGGAUCGGCAGCUCCUACAUCCUAGCCAACACGGCCACCGUUCCCGUCUGGGGCAAAUUAUCGGACAUCUGGGGUCGAAAGCCGUUGCUUCUAGUUGCGACAGUUAUAUUCUUCGCCGGAAGUUUGAUUUGCGCAGUCAGCGAUACGAUCGCACCGUUUCUGUUUGGUCGGGCCGUGCAGGGGCUAGGAGCGGCCGGGCUGAUAACCCUCGUCAACAUUUGUGUCUGUGAUUUGUUCUCUCUCCGAGAUCGCGGGCUCUAUUUUGGCCUGCUUUCUGUCGUAUGGGCCCUCGCUAGUGGAGUAGGUCCAGUCCUCGGUGGUGUGUUUACUGAAAAAGCAAGUUGGCGCUGGUGCUUUUGGAUUAAUCUCCCAAUCUCUGGACUCGUGUUCUUGAUACUAUGGUUCACUCUCAACCUCGAGACCCCCAAUACCCCAAUAUGGAGUGGCCUGAAGGCAGUCGACUGGACUGGAUGCUUGUUCGUCAUUGGAAGCACCAUCAUGCUCUUGCUAGGUCUCGACUUUGGGGGUGUCACGCAUCCCUGGAACUCAGCCACAGUGAUAUGUCUCAUUAUCUUUGCCGGUGUGGUUCUGGGUCUCUUCGUCGUCAACGAAUGGAAACUAGUCAAGUACCCCGUCAUCCCUCUAGCGCUGUUCAAUCAUCGCUCUGGUGUCGCUUCCUUCCUGGUCUGCUUUUGCCAUGGCUACAUCUUUAUGGGCGAAGCAUAUUAUCUCCCCCUAUACUUCCAAGCGGUUCUCGGUUCCAGUCCCAUUAUGUCUGGGGUUUACAUUCUCCCGUUUGUCUUAACUAUCACCGUCUCAGCUGCAUUGACUGGACUCUUCAUUCAGAAGACUGGACUCUAUCUCCCAGCGAUGUGGCUGGGGCUAGUCACUAUGACCCUGGGAGUGGGUUUGUUGAUUAACCUCGAUUUUACCGCCAAUUGGGGUAAGAUAAUGGGUUUCCAAAUCAUUGCCGGCGUUGGUAUCGGUUUGAAUUUUGAGGGGCCAUUGCUGGCUCUCCAAGCAAUCGUCGGGACAGAGAAUGAUGCGACAGCCACUGCCACCAUUGGAUUCGUAAGAACCCUGUCGACGGCGAUCUCGGUCGUUAUCGGAACAGUUGUGUUCCAGAAUCAGAUGGCAAGAAAGGGAUCACAAUUGAUUUCUGCUCUGGGAGAGAAUAUAGCCAGUCUGGUCUCAGGAGCCGCAAUAGCUAAUAUAGGGGUCAUCGAUACACUCCCCUUAGAUCAAAAGCUCGUCGCACGGGAGGCCAUUCACGAAUCUUUAAAGACGGUCUGGAUUAUGUAUGUUGCAUUUGCAGGUGUGGGCCUGGUGGCAGGGAUAUUCGUCGAGGGCCGUCAUCUUGACACCGAGCAUAAGGCACCAGUGCUCGGUCUGCGAGAUAACGAUGAUCGUUGA